AUGUCAGAAUUCUCAUUUUCACGGUUUGCUAUGACAGAGUCUGUUUAUCUUAACAAAUCUCUACUUCGAGAUUUUCUGUCUUCUGUUUCUGUUGUAAAUGAAGGACAGGUAUUUGGACUCAAGUGUGUUAUUCAGGGACGAACACUGAUGAUAACUGAACAAACUCUGAACAAUGCACUCCAUCUGCCAACUGACAAUUUUGAAGCUGUUCCAGAUAGGGCUGAAAGGAUAAACUUCUUCUUUGCUAUUCAUUGCCAGAGGGAGAAUGGUGUUGGUAGCGUAGAUUCAGCACGUGUUAGACGAUAUGUUGAUGAUGCUACAUCUGUUUGUGGUCAAGGUUCUGGUAGUGUAUCAGGUGUGGAAAGCGAUGACUCUGUUUCAAAUCUUAGUAUAACUCCAGGAGGUAGUAGGUAUUAUUUGCCCAAGUGUCCAGAUAAUAGUUGUAAACCAUUUGUUGAUCAGUUGUUUGACUCUUUGGUAGCUGGUUUGAGUUUCUAUAAGGAGUAUGGUCGUGUUUGUGGUUUUGAUACGCGUAAGAGUGCUGAAAAGAAACAUGAUGAUGGUACAACUAUUAGCAAAUAUGUGGUUUGUAGUAAAGCUGGUUUUAACGAGAAGAAAGAGGUUAUAAGCAAUGGCAUUCGAAAUGAAGUUGUACAUAGAAGAACUGUUUCUGGACGAUGUGGCUGCAAUGCAAAAGUUGUUUUGGUUUAUGUUGAUGGAGGCAGUUAUCGAGUGUCCAAAUUUGUUGAGGCACACAAUCAUGACUUAGCUUCUGAGAUUGGUAGGCAAUUUCUAAAGGUCAACCGUGAAAUGUCAUGCAUUUCUCGUAAUUUUGUGUUUAAUGCUUCAAAAGUAAAUAUUGGACCAAGUAAGGCAUAUACGUUAAUGAAGGAGAUGGUUGGUGGUUAUUCAAAUGUUGGUGCUACGGUUCGGGACUAUAGGAAUUUCAGUAGAGAUUUGAAGGAGUACGUUGGUGAACGUGAUGCACAAAUGAUAAUUGAUAAGUUUAAGGUUAAAAAAGAUAGUUGUGAAACCUUUUAUUAUGCUUAUGAUCUGGAUGGAGAAGGACGCUUGACCAAAUUAUUUUGGGCUGAUUCAGUUGCUAGAAGGAAUUAUGAGAUUUAUGGGGAUGCUGUUUCAUUCGAUGCUACAUUUGACACAAAUAAGUAUAAUAUGGUUUUUUGUCCAUUCACCGGUGUUGAUAAGUAUGACAAAUGUGUUACUUUUGCCUUUGCACUUUUAUCGAAAGAAGAUAUUCCCCACUUUAAAUGGGCAUUUGAUGAAUUGGUUAAAGCAAUGGGUCGCAAUCCAGUCUGCAUAAUUACUGACCAAUGUCCUGCAAUGAAGCAAGCAGUCCCUGUAUCAUUUGCUGCUAGGGAAGGGAAUCCUGCCACAAAACAUCGUUUGUGCAUGUGGCAUAUCAUGGAGAAAUUUCCAAUGAAGCUUGGGAACUUUUUGUGCAAGGAAACUGAUUUUAUGGAGAAAAUGAAGAAAUAUAUAUGGUCUUCUACAAUUGAACCUUGUGAGUUUGAGAAAGGCUGGAAUUCAGUGUUAAAGGAAUUCAAAUUAGAGGGUAAUAGGUGGCUGUGGGAGAUGUAUGCUAUUAGAGCUUCAUGGAUUCCUGCUUUUUUCCGUGACAAGCCGAUGUUUGGUUUAAUGAGGACGACAUCCAGGUCUGAAAGUGAGAAUAAUUUCUUCAGUCAAUUUCAUAGACAGAGCGACACUUUGUGUGAAUUUUAUUUGCGAUUUGAAAGUGCAAUGGAUCGUCAAAGAAAUGAAACUGAUCGGCUUAAUCAAGAGGGGUCAUCUACAAAACCAGCUUUAGUUACAAAGUUGUUCAUGGAGGGUGAAGCUGCAGAUUUGUAUACUCGACCAAUUUUCUACAAAGUGCAGAAAGAGAUGGUGGCAUCAGGUUAUGAUAUGAGAAUUCAAAGUAUUGGUCCUUUGGUUGAUGGGAUUAAGGUUUAUGAAAUGAAAGAUGUUUUGGUAAAAGAUCAAGUUUUUGAGGUUAAAGUCAGUUCGUUUCAUGCAGAGUGUUCUUGCAAGAAGUUUAUAAUGUGUGGGCUUCUAUGUAGACAUGCAUUUUGUGCUCUUAGACACUUUGAGGUUGUGAAAUACCCAAAAAACCUUGUUCUUAACAGAUGGAGUAAGAAUGCAGAGAAUAUGUCUUCAUCAAACUUACCAGGUGUAUCAGAUGACUUUAUCAAAAUACAAUCUGUGUCUUUGAAGCAAAAAAAUAUAUGGUUUAGUUUUCAGAAAUUGAUGAAUAAAGCUGGUGUUGAUAUUGCAAAGUUGGCUUAUGUUGAAGACAUAAUUAAACAGCUUAGUCAUGAUCUUGGUGAUGACACCUACAUAACAAAGAAAGCGCAUCUGGAAUUAUUAAUUGGUCCACAACCAAGUGAUGGUAUUACUGUUCAUGCUCCAGAGCAGUGUAAAAAUAAAGGUUCCGGACUAAAACGAUUUGUUAGUGCGAGGGAGAAGGCAUUAAACAAAGGGAACAAACGACCAAGAAAGUGCAAGCUUUGUAGUUCAACGUGUCAUGAUAAAAGAACAUGUCCAACAAGAAAAAAGGUAGCUGCAGGAGAGGAUUAUCAAAGUGAUGGAAGUGAUGAAGAUUAA